GCUAUUAUAAAGUAUAAUUUUGUGAUAUAAUUAUUUUCAAAUAUGUUUCUUACGAGUAAAUCAAACUUUAUAUUACUGUUAAUCAUGUAUUUAAUUGUUCGGUGUGUUUGCGAUGAGAGUAAUAGUGUUGUCGUGAAUACGAGUUCGGGUGGAGUGAGGGGACAGACACUGAAUGUUGUGAAUCACAAAAUCAAUCAAUUCUUGAAUAUACCUUAUGCUGAGCCCCCGGUGGGCCCACUCAGGUUCAGUCCACCACAACCACUACAGACACCUAAACAAGAUAUCAUUGAUGGCACAAAAUCUGGCAAUUAUUGCAUUCAAUACACAAAAGUGAGUGAAAUAAAGACAAGUGAAGACUGUUUAGCACUCAAUAUAUGGACACCAAAUGUAGACAAUAAUAAUGACACAAAAGAUCAACAGUUAAAACCCGUCAUGUAUUACCUCUACGGGGGAGCACUCAGUAUGGGAUCCAUAUUUAAGGACAUGUAUAGCGGGAGUGUUUUGGCCACCAAUGAUGUGGUCAUUGUUUCCGUUAACUAUAGGGUCGGACAGUUAGGCUUUUUAUAUGGUGGCGAUCAGACAGCUCCCGGUAAUAUUGGAUUUUAUGACAAGUUGUUAGGACUAAAAUGGGUUCGAGAAAAUAUCCAUUUGUUUGGUGGAGAUAAGGAUGAAAUUACUAUAUUUGGUGGCAGUGGUGGCAGUUGGGCGGUAUCGGCACAUGUAUUGUCUCCCCUAUCAAAGGGUCUGUUUAAGAGGGCUGUUAUGCAAAGCGGAUCCGUUUUGUAUAAUAAGGACAGACCGGCGCUCAGUACAGUUGAGGGCCUUAAAAAGGCUAAAGAUUUGGCAAAAGGUCUUAAUUGUGAUGAAUAUGACUACAAAUGGUUGGACUGUUUGCGAGCCAUUGAUGACCCAAACCUUUUCAUUGAGUUUCCCGAAAAUGGAAAUAUGGUUGCAUUCACUCACCCUGUGUUUGGCACUCAAUUUCUACCACAAAAAGCAUUGAACACAGGUCUAUUUAAUUCUGAAAUUGAAUUAAUGGUUGGAGUGACUAAAGAUGAGGGGCCUGUGAUGGCAAUCACAUUGUACCCACAAAUAAGAGCACCGGGACUAACAGUCGAGAUAUUCAAAAAGGUUGUCAAUAAAUUGAGUGAUGAAUACAAUAAUAUAGAUGUGGAGGGAGUGUCCGAUUAUUAUCUCAAAAACAUUGACACAACAAAUGAGUCCCAAUUGACGGUAGCGUUCAGUGCUCUGUACGGGGAUCUGGUGCUCACGUUCUGGUACGAAUUAUCACCAUAUCGGUUCCAGGUCAUCGGACAAUGUCAUAUAAUACAUCGUUGGAAUCAGUUCGAUGAGUAG